AGUUCUCUAUACGAGGAAUUUUCAGCCAAGUUUUUCAUUUUGUGCCCAUUGUAUGUCGUUAGUGUGCAGUUGGUUCGUUUCGAGUGUUCGUUGGGUGGAGCAAUACAUUUAGGUUGAUUCAUUUCGAUUCAUUUCAAUUCAUUUCAAUUUAUUUUGAUUGUAUUGGAUGAUAUAUAUAUUUCGGGUUACGUAGGUGAUACGCCAGGUGAUUAACGGUUUAUUUCGAGGACGAUAUUUCGUUGUUAUUCAUUUCAUUAUUGCAGUUGGGUUGUGAGUCAGCCGAAAAAACAAGGAAAUACAAAGUUUUGUUGCAUUGGGGGGAAAUACGAUAUAGUAUGCAUCUCACACAUUCUUUAGGGAGUCUUUUCAUUUCAUGUUACUGAUUUAGAAUUUAAGCUAAAUUUACUUAUUUAAUAUGAAUACGUAAGCUAAUGACAACGAAAACAUGCGUUCAUUGCAGCUUGUUUUCUCAUCGCGGCGGAAUUCUUUUCGGAUUGCCAAAGGUUUCGAAAUGGCCAAAAGCGGAUAAACGAUUCUCACAAUUGCUUAAAACAACAAUUCAAAGCAACAUAUUGCUGCAGAGUGUCGGAAACGCAUGGUGACAUUCAGCAUAAUGACGGGAUUGCUGGCUUGCCUGAUAAUCAUGUACUGCGUCAUGCCCCUGAUUGAAAUAUUCUUCCUCCUGGGCUGGAACUCGGAGGACAAGCCGUUCCCCUACAAAAUGGUCUUUCCCUACAAUCCGAACAAGAAUGGUAUCAGCUAUGUGCUGACCUACAUGUUUACGUCGUAUGCAGGAAUCUGUGUGGUGACCACGUUGUUUGCAGAAGAUACAAUUCUGGGCUUCUUCAUAACACACACUUGCGGUCAGUUCCGAUUGCUACACGAGAGAAUCGACAAAUUAUUUACAAAAGUCAACAAUAGUGUGGAAUUGAGCGAAGAUGUUCAGCGAAUGCGCUUAAAAAGUGUUGUGGAAAAACACAAUAAUAUCAUCAGGUUCGCUCAUCGCCUCGAAGACUUUUUCAACCCAAUUCUAUUAGCCAAUCUUACGAUUUCUUCAAUUCUGAUUUGCAUGGUUGGAUUUCAGAUAAUAACAGGAAAAAACAUGUUCAUUGGGGAUUACGUGAAGUUCAUAAUUUAUAUCUCCUCGGCUCUUUCGCAAUUAUACGUUCUCUGCGAGAAUGGAGAUGCCUUGAUAAAACACUCAACUUUAACGGCUCAAAUUCUUUACGGAUGUCAAUGGGAGGAAUCCGGUCAAGUAUCCAAGAGCAAGUACAUCCAAAAUCACCUGUGGUUCAUGAUACUCUGCAGCCAACAGCCCGUGAGGAUUACGGCGUUCAAGUUCUCGACUUUGUCCUUACAAAGUUUUACAGCGAUUUUAAGCACGUCCAUUAGCUACUUUACUUUAUUGCGGUCAGUUUACUUCGAUGACGAAAAGCAACAGAAAUAAAUUAUGCAGAAAUAAAUUAUUUAAAGGUAGAUACAACUUUCAUUUACUAUGUUUUGUAGGCCUUAGGAAUGUUGUACGUAGUGAAUAAAAAUUGUUAAAAUCGAACAGAUGAAAACUAA